AUGAUGGGAAAACUUUCCCCCGACGUCUUAUUUGAUCGACAGAUCAAGAAGCUUCUGUACCCGCCCUUCCGCUGGGCUCCCGCCUCGCUCCUUGUUAACGCAAUCGCACUUUCAACCGAUCCAAGUCAGUGGGGUAUCUGUACCCCCAACGGGCUAAACCUCAUCUAUCCUGGUCUUCUAUUUCAAGGAGACGGCGUUGUGACGGGGUCGGGUGUACUCCGGGACGAGAAGACGGUCGGCGCGGUUAUUGUGAAUGUUGAGAGGGAGGAUGUGGUUGAGGAGUGGGAUGCGCCGGAGUUGACGGUUUCGUCCACGCACUCGCACUGGGAGACGGAGACCGAGGGGAUCGAUUGGCCAUGGCGUGUUCUCUAUGCGAUGGUGGUGGGAUACUCGGAUGUGGCUCCGAUAGUCUUCGAGCGCGAUCCGCUUCCAUCAGACAUCUUGGUGACGGAGCGGUCGAAUUGGCAAAGAUGUGUUAUUACAUGA